UUUGGUUUGGACAAAAACAACACAAUCAACUUUUCUAUAAUAAACCCACCUAAACAAGCUCUUCAUUUCUUAAUUUUUAUCUUAAAAGUUAGAGCAACCCACUAGCAUCACCAAAAGCAGUUCUAAUCAUUCACCUGUCAAUCACCAAAGCAUUAUUAUCAAAAACAAGACAAACUAAAAACAGUGAAACACAGCAUUUGUGCUUUGUUCAAACAUAGAAAAAAAAGGACAAAAAUGGCAGGAAUGCUUCCAGGAGUUGAAUCAGCUAGAAGAAGACGUGUCCAUAAGUGUGGAGGAUUUUCUGAUUCACCAUCUUUUUCUUCUCAUAACACCUCAAGACGUUCUUCUUUUUGUUUGUAUGCAAGUAACCAUGAAUCUCGUAUUUCCUCAUCUUCUUCAAUGCAAAGAAAUAUAUUAUACCAGUCACACCAAGAUGAGAAUAUGGUAGGAGCAGCUAGAGCAGCCAAACAAAGAUUGGAUGACAAAUUCAGAUCACAAAGGGUAUCAGAAAACAUAAGGAAAAAGAACAUGAAGUGUGUGGAAGGUAGAAAAGAAAGCAUAGAAGAGUUACAAAGUGAGGUAUAUGGGACAAAGAAAAGUGGUCCAAGGAAGUUCAGUUGGAGCAAAUUGAGCUGGAAAGCAUCAGAACAAGAGGAUUGUGCUGUGUGUUUGGAAUCAUUUAAGAUUGGAGACAAAUUGAUUCCUUUACCUUGUGCACACAAGUUCCAUUCCACAUGCUUGAAGCCUUGGUUAGAAAAUAAUUCACACUGUCCAUGUUGUAGAACUACCAUUCUUUCCCUCUAGAUUUUUAUUUACUUUUACCUUAAUUGUCUAAAUUUGUUGAUGACUUUGUUGGAUGAAUGAAGUGAGGAAUUUUUUCCUUGACUUGCGUUUUCUUAAACUAGUAAUGAACUAAUAAUAGAUGCAUAUUAA